GCUGGACCCCGAGGCCGAGGAGCGGCCGCCCGCGGCGCCGGAGGACCACUGGAAAGUCCUGUUUGAUCAGUGCGACCCUGGGAACACAGGCUACAUCAGCACGGGCAAGUUCCGCAGCCUCCUGGAGAGCCACAGCUCCGAGCUGGACCCGCACAAAAGGGAGGUGCUCCUGGCGCUCGCCGACAGCCACGCAGACGGGCAGAUCUGCUACCAGGAUUUUGUCAACCUGAUGAGCAACAAACGCUCCAACAGCUUCCGCCAAGCCAUCCUGCAGGGCAACCGCAGACUGAGCAGCAAAGCCCUGUUGGAGGAGAAAGGGCUGAGUCUUUCACAGCGACUGAUCCGCCACGUGGCCUACGAGACCCUGCCCCGGGAGAUUGACCGCAAGUGGUACUACGACAGCUACACCUGCUGCCCCCCGCCCUGGUUCAUGAUCACGGUCACGCUGCUGGAGGUUGCCUUUUUCCUCUACAACGGGGUGUCGCUGGAUCAGUUCGUGCUGCAGGUCACCCAUCCACACUACCUGAAAAACUCACUGGUUUACCACCCACAACUCCGAGCACAGGCCUGGCGCUACCUGACAUACAUCUUCAUGCAUGCAGGGAUAGAGCACCUGGGACUCAAUGUGGUGCUACAGCUGCUGGUGGGGGUGCCCCUGGAGAUGGUGCAUGGAGCCACCCGCAUUGGGCUUGUCUACGUGGCUGGUGUUGUGGCAGGGUCCUUGGCAGUGUCUGUGGCCGACAUGACCGCACCCGUCGUGGGUUCUUCUGGAGGGGUGUACGCACUGGUCUCUGCCCAUCUGGCCAACAUCGUCAUGAAUUGGUCAGGCAUGAAGUGCCAGUUGAAGCUGCUGCGGAUGGCUGUGGCCUUGAUCUGCAUGAGCAUGGAGUUUGGGCGGGCCGUGUGGCUGCGCUUCCACCCGUCAGCUUACCCCCCAUGCCCUCACCCGAGCUUCGUGGCACACCUGGGCGGUGUGGCCGUGGGCAUCACCUUGGGCGUGGUGGUCCUGAGGAACUACGAGCAGAGGCUGCAGGACCAGUCGCUGUGGUGGAUCUUCGUGGCCAUGUACACCGUCUUCGUGCUGUUCGCUGUCUUCUGGAACAUCUUUGCCUACACCCUGCUAGACUUGAAGCUGCCACCGCCCCCCUAAGGGGCUGGAGGACUGAGGUGUGGGAGGGGAGCUGCAUCCACAGGGAGCACUUGCAUUCGUUUUCUCAUCCCCAGCUCAGUGGGGCCAGCGAGGGGAGAGCGAGAGACGC